GUUGCGAAUGGAACGCCGCGCAAGGCCAUUACUCCCGCGCUUUUCAAAAAAAAACAUCGCUGUUCGAAAUUCGAAAUACGAAUUGCGUGCUUCUUUUCGGAUUGAAAAAAAAUAUGGCCGCUUUCUAUGAAUACGCUUCGUGUUGAAUGAUUUUUCCAGACUGAUUGUGACUUAUUUUUAGUUUCUUGUGAUUUAAAACUUGUGAUGAUGUGGUCGCGUUCAGCGUUGGUUCUUUUGCUUGGAGUUUCAGUGUUGUUCCGGUGUACGGAUUCUGUUGACCUUCCGCGGUUCGUAGGGCCGGGUUCAAACGUCACGGUCACCGUAGGCCGGGACGCAGCCCUAACGUGCCGGGUUGACAACCUGCAGGCUUUUAAGGUGGCCUGGCUGCGCGUCGACACGCAAACGAUCCUGACCAUAGCGGGUCACGUGAUCACGAAGAACCACCGUGUCAGCGUGACACACGGGGACGGCACGUGGUCGCUCAUCCUGCGGGACGUGAGCCCGGGGGACGGGGGGCGGUACAUGUGCCAGGUGAACACGGAGCCCAUGAUGAGCCAGACGCACCUACUGCAGGUCGUAGUGCCCCCAGACAUAGAUGACGAAGCCAGCAGCAGCGAGCUGGUGAUCCCCGAGGGGGGAGCGGCAGCACUACGCUGCGUGGCAUCUGGUACUCCACCCCCCACUAUCACUUGGAGGAGAGAAGAUUCCCGACACUUCAAGAUUAAUAAUCAAACAUCAGUGUCAAAAUCAAGCGGCGAAUGGCUAAAUCUAACUGCCGUAGAACGGACGACGUCAGGCGCUUACCUCUGUAUAGCAACGAAUGGAGUCCCGCCGUCAGUAAGCAAGAGAAUACUACUAAAUGUUAUAUUCGCUCCCUCAGUAUGGACGAGCAAAGUAGCGAUUCGAGCCCUGUCAGGGACGUCGGUGACGCUGCAAUGCACUGCGGAGGCCUAUCCUAUACCUGUCACCUAUUGGGUGCUUAAUGGAGAACAGAGGCUGGUAAAUGGUUCAAAGUACACAAUAAGCCGCACAUCCCGCGGCUACCGGCACACGCUGUCGCUGUCGGUGGGCGGCGGCGGCGUGGCGCGCGGCGACGCGGGCGCGUACCGCUGCCACGCUGAGAACAGCGCUGGCAAGGCGCAUGCUGAAGUUUUCUUGCACAUGCUCACAACAACAACAACUACUACAACAACAACAACAACAACCACAACAACUACAACCCCGCCGCCAACAACAACAACAGUGCUGCCAUAUGACGACAGUCACUUAGAGGAGCUGCACCGCGGGGUGAUCGAGGACCCCGCGCUAGAGGACACAUACGUGGUGCUCAGCCAACACCAAAUGCAGAACCUUGAAAUGAUAACGACGAUGUGACCGGGGAGCGGGGGGCGCGCGGAGUCCCCCUGGUCGGACGGCUGGCCGCCACUGCGCGACCGUGCGCCAGCACUGGCCCACGCCUUGGCGCCAACACUCGCCAUCGUAGCCGCCGCGCUCGCCGCGUUGGCGUGAUGCUAAGCGAGAUGUGAUAAUACUUGCGCCAAUAGUUGGGCCAACGUUUGCGCCAAUUGUAUGGCCAAUAUUUGUAUCAACAUUGGCCAUUUCUACCGUCAAUAUGGUUGGUGAUAUUAAGGACAUUGCUACCAUUGCGCCAACCUUGGCCAUGCUGGUUGAUACAGUGAACUGUGUUAGUGAAGUGAAUUUGAACUGAAGUGAAUAAGACUAUGAAUAAAUUGUAAUCGUUAAUGAUACAAUAUUGGACAUAAUAAUUAUGUGAAUCUUUUUUGUUUUUUAUGUUAUUAUUUAGUAGGUGGCCAAAUUAUUAUCUGCUACAUUCAUUUAUUUCAGUACAUAUUGAGUUUGAAUAGUUAUUUUAAUGAUUUUUAAAAGCUAAUAGUGUAGGAAACUUUUUACUUACUUGCUAUAAGUUUGUGUCUGAUGAUUUGGCCACCUGCAUUAAAAACUAUAAAAUAUAAAUACUUCCUCUCAGUUGUCUUAAUUUAAAUAAACACAUUGAUAAUAAUUAAGCUCUCGUGUAUAAUAAAUAGAUUCAGAUUCAUUUUCAAUACUUUACAUUCAUUUAACCUAUAUCAAUGUUUUAAUUUAAAACUUACUAUAAAACGUAACGUAAUUACUAUAAUAAUAUAAUUUAGAAUAAACUAUAAUCUAAAGCUGUAAA